AUGAGUCAGUAUAACAAUUCUUGGGGGAAGUACUUUAUUUGGACGCUAAAGGUCAAAGUGAAAGUAGAAGUUUUAUAUCUUACACCGGAAGUAAUUGUCACGUUGGAUGUUUUGGUAAACACUACAACAGAGAAAAUUAUGGACGCCGCAGUAGAUGGAAUUCCUCCAGUUAUGUGGGAACCGGAUCGAACUAUGUCGACUAAAAUGGAUGAACUAAGGACAAGAAUCAAUGAAAAAUAUAGUGUAAAUCUAGAGACUUAUAGAGAAUUCCACAAGUGGUCGUGUGAGAAUUAUGACCAGUUUUGGGAGGAAGUCUGGCAGUUUACUGAAGUCAUCCAUUCUCAGUCCUAUACAGAGGUGAUUGAUAAAUCGAAGAAUAUUGCAGAGAUUCCUACCUGGUUUAGAGGGAGCCGACUUAAUUUUGCGGAAAAUCUGCUACGUUACAAUGAUGAUCGUGUAGCAGUUUAUGCUACAGGUGAAGGUCUUGGGAUCAAAGGAAUUCAGAAGAAAACCUUCAAAGAACUCCGAUCCUCUGUGGCAAGAUACGCAGCAGCCAUGAGGAAAAUGGGGGUCCAAUCAGGAGACAGAGUCGUAGGGUACAUCCCAAACUGUACAGUGGCUCUGGAGGCCAUGUUAGCUGCAGCUUCUAUAGGAGCCGUGUGGAGCUCUACCUCUCCAGACUUUGGGGUACAGGGUGUUUUAGACAGAUUCUCACAAAUAAAGCCAAAGUUGAUCUUCAGUAUUAAUGCUGUAUGGUACAAUGGAAAAGUUCACUCCCAUCUGGAGAAAUUGGAGCAAGUUGUCAGAGGGUUACCUGACCUUGAGAAAGUUGUUGUUUUGAGGUUCGUUCCUGAUGCACCUUGUGAUAUUUCUGCUAUUCCUAACAGCUGCCUCUUGGAGGAAUUUGUCUCGUCAGUUGACCCAGAUGUUGAGCUGUAUUUUGAACAAGUCCCCUUCAACCAUCCGCUAUUUAUCAUGUACUCCUCGGGGACCACCGGAGACCCUAAGUGUAUGGUCCACUCCGUGGGGGGAACCUUGCUGAAGCAUCUUGAGGAACAUGUCAUACAAAGCAACAUGGGAAGGGAGGACAUUUUCUUUUAUUACACUACAGUGGGUUGGAUGAUGUGGAAUUGGUUAGUCUCGGGUCUGGCUGUGGGGGCUGCCAUUGUUCUCUAUGAUGGCUCCCCUCUGGUGCCCCACGCAAAUCACCUCUGGGAUCUGGUAGAUGAGUUAGGGAUCACUUUGUUUGGAACCAGUGCUAAAUGGUUGGCUGUAAUGGAAGACAGGGGACUUAAGCCAGGGACCACACACAAACUGAAGACUCUGAAGAUGAUCAUGUCUACAGGAUCCCCUCUCAAACCUCAGAGUUAUGAUUAUGUCUACAAGGAGAUUAAAAAGGACCUUCUUCUUGCCUCUAUAUCAGGUGGGACAGACAUCAUUGCCUGUUUUAUGGGUCAGAAUUGGACAGUCCCGGUACACAGAGGGGAGGUCCAGGGUUUUACACUGGGAUGUGACAUGCAGAGCUGGAACGAGGAAGGUAAACCAGUGUAUGGGGAGCCGGGGGAGCUGGUCUGUUUGAAGCCCUUCCCCUCCAUGCCUGUCUACUUCUGGAACGACCCUCAGGGAGAAAAGUACACUAACGCCUAUUUCUCCAUGUACCCAGGUGUGUGGGCUCAUGGUGACUACUGCUGUAUUAAUCCAAAGACAGGAGGAAUAGUCAUGCUGGGAAGAAGCGAUGGGGUACUAAAUCCUAAUGGAGUUAGAUUUGGAAGUGCAGAAAUCUAUAACGUUGUGGAGUCCUACAAGGAGAUUCAGGACAGUGUUUGUGUCGCCCAGAGAAAGGCGGAUAACUCUGAAGAGAGAGUUGUUUUAUUCCUGAAGAUGGCAUCAGGAGCAGAUUUCACCCAGGAAAUAGUUAAGAGCAUCAAGGUCAACAUUCGUCGUCUCCUGUCAGCUCGACACGUACCAGAGGUCAUUCUACCUAUUCAGGACAUUCCAUACACAAUCAGUGGAAAGAAGGUGGAGGUAGCAGUCAGAAGAGCCAUUCAUGGACAAGAAGUGGUCCAGCGGGGGGCAUUAGCCAAUCCUUCAAGCAUUGAUCACUUCUACAACAUUUCAGAACUGAAAAAAUACUGAUAUGUAUAUGCUUCAUGAGCAAAACAUAAUCCUGUGAUGGAACUUUUAAAGUACAUGUAUUAUUAUGAUAUGUAACUUGUUCAGUGGGAUUCAAUUUUAUUUUAAAUGACUGUAUUUAUUGGAUUCAGAAAUUACUAUAAUGGUCUUCUUAUACAUGUACCAGUAUUUUAAGGUGUGAUAAUUAAGGGUAAGUUCAGAAUCUGUUUUUGUAGUUGUUACUGCAGAGAAAUACUCUCGUUAUAGUUGUGUUAUUAUUCUUUUGUUUUGUGUUUAAGAGCAUACAUAUCAGUUAUUGAAUCUCAGAUCAUCAAUAUUUCUGCUCCACUUCCUCUAGAGAUAUCCAAUUCCUGUGUACCACAAGACAUAAUUCUCAGUCACAGUUACAUACAUACUGUAUGUGUUUAUUUAUAGAUUGUUAAAGUUAGAAUAAUUUUUUCCCCCUUUGUAUAUUGCGAUAUUAUCACAUGGUGUAUCUUUUAUCAGUAUAAUUGAAUGACAUUUGGUUUAAAACCAUAAAAAAUUAUUUAUUUGGUUAAUAUUUUACAUUCAAUGUACUAUAAGGGAUUAGUAAAUAUA